AUGGUUGCUCUACCCACUUAUCAUCCCAUCCCAACGGAUGAGAAAUACUCGGAUGAUCCUCGACAGCAAUCGGAUGAGUUUGAUUCGAAAGUCUAUCAUCCCGCAUCGAUCGGUUUGAUCGUUGGUCAACCUGAACAAGCGAAGAACCACAGAAACGUAUCGAAGAUUAGAAAAGCUUUACUAGCUUUGAUCGUCUUCUACUUCAGUUUCGUCACCAUUACCAAACUCGGCAAACACGUUAGUGGUCGACGGGGACAUGGCCACAAACAUGAACAUGGAGAGUUUAAAGACGUAGGUUCAAUCAACGACCAUACUUACUCUCAUGACCAUGAUGCUUGGUCUGAAGUCAGACCUUGUAACGGGAUGAAAGACACCCAAAAGGAAGAAUUCACUAUCAUCCCCACCGCGUAUGGCGAUGCUAUGAACAUCGAAGAUGAACAAAGAACGGCCAAUGCAUCAUUCGCUAUUCCCUUCAACAAGAAAAAUGCCUUCAACAUCAACUUCAAUGGUCUCCAUGGAAACGUCAUCGUUUCCAGAAGUGAUGUUUCGUCACAAGGAGAACGACAUGCCCCCACGGCGGUCAUCGUUGAGUCCACUUUCGAGAACGACGUUCAAGGUGUCGAGAUGAAGCACAACGAAUGGGCAAACGAGUUGACCAUCAACUCCGAAGACUUGGCCGAACACGUUGUUCACAUAAUCCUCCCUGCUCGAAAAAACAAAAUUUCGUCUUUGUCGGUCACUUCAACCAAAACACUCAACUUUGUCCUCGACUCUUCCGCUCAAGACGUGGUUUUCAAACACCUUUCUCUUAAAUCAGAAUCAGGUGAUAUCAACGUUCCCGCUCUCAAGGGAGGUAAGGUUGAAUUGGAAACCACCACCGGUGCUGUUGGCGGAACUUACAAUGUCUCCAAAGCUUUGAUUCUGAAAACUAUCACUGGUGAUAUUAAAGCUGGAGUUCAUGUUCUUCCUCCCUGGAAUGGUCCUCACCAUCGUCCACCUCACAAGAACGAGUCUGCUAUCGAUCGUCCAGAGCACAAAUUCAAGCAUGAUGAUCAUCAUCAUCACCAAGAGGAGAAACACGAGCACAAGCAUAAAGGACAACGGCAUGAUCAUCACAAAUCUCCUAAAAGUCGAUCAUGGCUCGCUUCACUUUUCUCCAAGAGACCCGAACACCCUCAUCAUGGCCCUGAACCUGUAUUUAUCGGUGCUUUCUCCACGACUGGUUCAGUCAAUCUCACUAUCUUAUCUCAAGGUAAUUAUACUUCUUCAGUUAUCAGAUCUUUCACUAAAACCAACAACGUAUCGAUCCAACACGCCGAGAACUUUAGAGGAUUCUACCGAAUCGGUACUUUCGUUGGCGAGUACGAAGUUGAGGUGCCUGAGAAAUACAAGACUCAACACGUGCUAAAAGAAGGUACCUCCGAAACUGGCGGAUUCCAAGAAGGUUUAGUAGGUUUCAAAAGACCUCAUGGUCAAGAACCCCCUAAGAGGAAGGAACCCCCUUCAAAAGGGAAGAGAGACGAGAUCGAGGACGAGAUCGAGGUAGACUGGUUAGAUAUCGCAGAGGAUGGGCCUCAAGGUCCACCUCAUAAAGGUCAUAAAGGUCAUAAAGGUCCUCAAGGCCCACCUUCCCCACCACACAAAGGUCCAGGAGGUCCUCCACACCCACCACACAAAGGUCCAGGAGGUCCUCCUCACCCUCCUCACAGAGGUCCAGGUGGCCCUCAUCAUCCACCUCCCCCACCUCCUGGUCACUCAAGAGUAUUUGCUCACACCGAUAUCGGUAGUGUUCAAGUCAUCCUCUAA